UCCCAUAGACGUAACAUUCGAUAAAAACGACCGGAAACAAGUUUUUUGCGGUUGCAUCCUUUACAGAUGCGGUAUUCUAACAUAUAUAUACAUUUUCGUCACGUGGCAUAUUUGGAUAACUAAUCGAUUAUCAAGUCGGACUAGUUGACGCCACAAAAAUUGACUUAUUUUCUCGCAAAAAUAAAAAAAAAUAAAAAAAAAACUUGCAAGAAGAAUGCAAGAUUCUGUUUUCUUAUUAUCUCGAGUGUGUAUAUUUUGUGAGGGUAGUUUAGGGUGUAAUUUGUUUUUAAAGGGUAUUAAACAUUUUCUCGUGUUAUGUGAAUUACGCUAAUGUUUAUCAGUUGCCAUUCUUUCGUUAAUUGCGAUUUUAUUACACUUAUCACAACUUUAAAAUACGUUUUUUUUUAUUAUUACCACUUUAUAAAGUCAUUACAAUGUGAAACAUUGUUAAAAAUUAAACAUUUAAUAAGUUAAUAGCGAAUUCUUGUGGAGCAGAAGAAUUUUUCUUCGAUAACUCCGUGAGCAAACAGGAUUAACUGUUAAUCUUUCUAAGGAGAUUGCUAACGUUCAAACAAUACAAAAUGUAUUUGUAUUCACUGCUAACUGUUUUAAAUAUAUAUAUAUAUAUGUAAUAUGUACUCGUAUAAAAACAUUUAAAGGUCAAUAUUAUGAAAUCUUUAAGAAUCGUAAUUUUUCCAAUGUCAAACUUGUGUAUAUUUUGUAUCAAGCUGUACAGGUGUCUACUCCCUGUGUUACUCAACUGGCUGAUUUGGCAUAGUGACUUAACAAGCUGUAGAUGUUUACAAAGACAAUCAGAUUUAGAGAUUUCCGGUGUUGUGCUUGGCCACGCGAAAAAGACUAGAAUAGAUAUCUAUGCUACAUCUUGAAGAUGAAACCUAACAUUGACUUUAGUAAUCUUUAUUUUGAACUUUGGAAAUAAUCCAAAAAUAUAAACAAAUUAUAAAAUAUAAUGCCACGAAUAUCCAAAUGUUUAUUUAUUAAACAAGGAGGUUUUAUUUUAUAUACUUGUGCCGUCUUUUAAAUAGUUUCUAUUUUUUUGUCUUUUCUUAUUAUUUUUACUUUGAGUAAUGAGUUUGUCCGCUUAAAAGUCAUUCAGACGAAGGUAUAAUAUUUAUAACAUCGUAUUCAAUGAUGCACGUGCGUGUAGUGUUUACUAUCAGCGAUCUGUUUACCUAUCGGUCGACUCAACAUCCUUACGUUUAAGUAACAUAUACAUCUAUAUUAAUCCAUGUCAUUUAUUAAUUUUCAGGAUCCAUCGUUAGUGAUACCAAAAAUCAUCACCGAAGACGUGGAUAAAAUGGCAGCGGACAACGACUGCUAUCUGGGUCCACCAUCCUCUAAGAACAGAACUCGAUCCCUUUCAGGUGGCACCUAUCGUCUCGCACCUCUUCCUCUAAGGGAUGCACUGACAAACAGAAUGAGAAGACAAUCCGGUGAUGACGUAUUAACGGGAAUUAGCCCCUCUAGAAGAGCAGCGUUAUUAGAUGCUUUCCGUCCUCGUUCAAAAUCCGAUAGUAAGAGUAAACGUCCCACAUUUAUUGCUACAUUAAAGAACUCAUUAGGGAAUAGUUCUCCCAAGAAUAGUACUCAAACGCUUCCAGCUUCUAAUAAUCAUUUAGAUCCUUUUGCACAAGCUGGAGAUUUUAAAAGACCACGUUCCGGUUCUGAAAGUAAGACUUCCGGGCCAGUUUCCAAAGUUAUCGAAAUGUUUCGUGGCAGAUCUCACUCCAUGACAUCAGAUUUAAGGCUGAAGGUAGAAAUAAAAAUACGGUUCUCUCGGGAUAGUUUAGUUUCUAUAAAUGGUGCCUUACUCCGUCGUCAUUCCGUCGAUCCUGAUCGGAGGCGCGCUUCUGGAUUCCACAGGUCUUUUGACGGUUCCUUAGACCACCAUACAGCUCUUAUACAUCGUGACCACAGAGGGCUUCCAAGUGCAGAUCCUUUAUGUGAUAGAAUUGAUAUUGAAGACCUAGGGGAAGAUGAAGACCAUAUUUUUGCCAAAUUUUUCAAAAACUAUCGAUGUUAUGAUUUGAUACCUAUCAGUGCCAAACUGGUUGUAUUUGAUACACAAUUAUUAGUGAAAAAAGCAUUUUUUGCUCUUGUACAAAAUGGUAAAAAGUUUAAAUUUUUAAUAAAAAAUUUAUUGUUAUAUUUAAUAGGAAUGCUAACCAUAACAGAUUUCAUCAAUAUUUUAAGAACAUAUUAUAAAUCUCCAUUGGUACAUAUGGAUGAAUUAGAAGAACAUAAAAUUGAGACAUGGAGAGAUGUACUAAAAGAAAAAGCAAGAUCUCUAGUCAGCAUUGAACCUGAUGCAAGCCUUUUUGAAGCCAUUAAGACACUUAUCCACAGUAAAGUCCAUAGGCUUCCAGUCAUUAAUCCAAAUACAGGAAAUGUGUUGUAUAUCUUAACACACAAACGUAUACUCAGGUUUUUAUUUCUCUAUGUAAGUAGUAAUUGUUUUAAUAUUUAUAUAUAUUUUUUUAUACGAAUAAAUUUUAUAUGUAAUUAAAUUUAUAAUAGUUUCAUAAAGAUUAAUAAUAGGAAAUUUUUUAAUAAAUAUGUUUAGGAUUUAUUUGAACAAUUUAAAAUUUAAACUCUUUAUUUAGUGUAAUGUUAUGAUGUAACAUAUUCUGUCUUAUGAUGUUGGUUUUAACAUCAUAAGACAGUUAAAUCAUCAACAGUUAAGAAUAGUUAUAGAAUAGAAUAGUAGGAAUUGAAUAGAAUAGUUGUAAACUAUUGAAAGUGCUGGAAAUUUUUGAAUAAAAUGUUUGGUUAACAUUGUAAGACAGAACAAGUUACAUCAUAAUAGUACAUUAGAUUAUUAUUUAGCAUGAGGUUCAAUUAACUUUCUAGUCUUUAUUUAAUGUUAUGCUAUCAUAAAGCUUAAAUUUUUUAUAAUAAUUGUCUUCAUUGAUUUCUGAAUAUACAGUC